AACAUGCUUCCUCCUACGUUUUGAGGACGCGGUGCAGCUUCCUUGUACAAGCCUCGCGUGUGGGCCAAAAGUUACUAGAAAUGGCAGCAUGAAGAGUUCCGUUCUGCUUGUUGCAUUUUUCUUUACGACAUUCGUGUACCAAGCGACUGCCUCGCCAUAUGCUCGCCACAGACCAGGCAGCAGAUAUCCUCUGCAUAUAUCAGGCGAAGCAACCAGUCAAUUUGGCUAUGACUACUUGGACGACGAGACCUCAGAUUCUGGCGAGGUUUCCCAGGAACCAGAGGAGCCUCUCGGCCGCAGUCUGACUGAUAGCCUCAUCUAUAGCCUCAUUAAAAUGGUCAGAAUAUUCUUCGGGUACCUCACUCCCACCUCCGCCCGAAUGGCACCAUAUUGCAGCCUCCGAACACCAACAUACCAAACGGCCAACGAGACUACCAAGGUCACAGUAGCCUUGUAAUAACAGGGCUUGUUUCCGCCACGGAAGGAGAUCCGGCACAUUUACUGAAUCUGGCAACUGUAUAUAUUUACAUUUUGAAACUUCCCAGGAAUAAAUAAACACAAUAAUUACACUUUC